GGAGAGGCGGAGAGGGAGAGGAGAGAGGAACUUAGAGACUGCGGGGGUAGGUUUCCCAGGAACAGAUUUUGAGAGUGCACCCGCCCGAGGAUGGCUGAUAGUCCCUCUCCGUCCGAGUCGCUGGCUUCGCAAGAGCGCAGUGAUGACUUCAAGAAACCAACCCUGCCGGUGCCCCCGGUCGUGCGGGGCAAAGCUCCGGCCACCAGUCCUGCGAACCCUGAGGAGGUAAAGAAGGAAAGGCCCACGGCGCUGCCAGAGCCCGACCCCGGGGAGCCCGACGUCCCGCCAGUCCAGCCCGACAGCGGGGACACCAGGAGUCCACCGACGGAGCAGCCGCGGCCCCCCUCAGCGGCUCCUUCAGCUGGCGGCCCGGCCCGGGCUCCCCCUUACCGGGAGCCGCCGUGGGGCGGCCCCGCCUCGGCCCCCUACAGCCUAGAGACGCUCAAGGGCGGCACCAUCCUUGGCACCCGCAGCUUGAAAGGGACGAGUUGCUGCCUCUUCGGGAGGCUGUCUAGCUGCGACGUGUGCCUGGAGCACCCUUCGGUGUCCCGGUACCACGCCGUGCUGCAGCACAGGGCGGCCGGCCUCGAAGGAGAAUGCGACGGCCAAGGGCCGGGCUUCUACCUUUACGAUCUGGGAAGCACCCACGGCACUUUUCUUAACAAAACCCGCAUCCCACCCCGCACCUAUCGUCGCGUCCACGUCGGGCACGUUCUUCGCUUUGGAGGCAGCACCCGGCUCUUUCUUCUUCAGGGACCAGAGGAAGACCGAGAGGCAGAAUCCGAGCUGACCGUAACGCAACUGAAGGAAUUGCGCAAGCAGCAGCAAAUGAUGUUGGAGAAGAAGAUGUUGGGAGAAGACUCGGAUGAGGAAGAAGUGGACACCACCGAAAGGAAGAGAAAUACUAGUAGUCAAGAUGAUGAAAUGGGCUGUACCUGGGGAAUGGGUAAGAGAUUAAAAUUGCUGCCGGAACCUAAUAUUGUAAAUUCACUACAAGUGGUAUGUAUAUAGAGCUCUGAUCUUGAU